GGAGAGGAGGGGCGGGCGGGAGCGGAGAGGGAGCUAGCGGGCUCGCCGCGCCUGAGCAACCCCUGUCUGCCGCUGUCGCCGCCGCCGCCGCUGGCCCGCACUCACCCGGAGCGCCGAGUGUCUGCCCCGCUGCGCGCCGCGCGCGGAGGCUCCGGCGCCUGCCGCUGCGCCCUCCAGCCAGCUCCUCGAGCCGGCCCGCGCGGCUCCCGGCGGGCGCGAACCCACCAUGCAGCUGCAGUUCCGGAGCUGGAUGCUGGCUGCGCUCACGCUGCUCGUGGUCUUCCUCAUCUUCGCGGACAUCUCGGAGAUCGAAGAAGAAAUCGGGGAUUCUGGAGGCAGUGGUACAAUCAGAUCAGCUGUGAACAGCUUACAUAGCAAAUCUAAUAGAGCUGAAGUUGUAAUAAAUGGCUCCUCGUCGCCAGCUGUUGUUGACAGAAGUAAUGAAAGCAUUAAGCACAACAUCCAGCCAGCCUCGGCCAAAUGGAGGCACAACCAGACACUCUCUCUGAGGAUCAGGAAGCAAAUCUUGAAGUUCUUGGAUGCUGAAAAGGACAUCUCUGUCCUCAAGGGGACCCUGAAGCCCGGGGACAUCAUUCAUUACAUCUUCGACCGUGACAGCACCAUGAACGUGUCCCAGAACCUCUAUGAUCUCCUCCCCAGAACCUCUCCCCUGAAGAACAAGCACUUCCGGACUUGUGCCAUUGUGGGCAACUCGGGGGUCUUGCUGAACAGCGGCUGCGGACAGGAGAUCGACACACACAGCUUUGUCAUAAGGUGCAACCUGGCCCCCGUGCAGGAGUACGCGCGGGAUGUGGGGCUCAAGACCGACCUGGUGACCAUGAACCCCUCCGUCAUCCAACGGGCCUUUGAGGACCUGGUCAACGCCACGUGGCGGGAGAAGCUGCUCCAGCGGCUGCACAGUCUCAACGGCAGCAUCCUGUGGAUCCCCGCCUUCAUGGCCAGGGGCGGCAAGGAGCGCGUUGAGUGGGUCAACGAGCUCAUCUUGAAGCACCGCGUCAACGUGCGCACUGCAUACCCCUCUCUGCGCCUGCUGCACGCUGUCCGCGGAUACUGGCUGACCAACAAGGUCCACAUCAAAAGACCCACCACCGGUCUCCUGAUGUACACCCUGGCCACGCGUUUCUGCAACCAGAUCUUCCUCUACGGCUUCUGGCCCUUUCCGCUAGAUCAGAACCAGAACCCCGUCAAGUACCACUAUUACGACAGCCUCAAGUACGGCUACACCUCCCAGGCCAGCCCCCACACCAUGCCCUUGGAGUUCAAGGCCCUCAAGAGCCUGCAUGAGCAGGGGGCUUUGAAACUGACUGUUGGCCAGUGCGACGGGGCCACGUAAGGUGGGCGCCCCAUGGGACUCAGUGGCUCACAUUUCCUGCCAGCUACACCACUGGCAGAUGGGAGUCGGGGUGGCAAACUAUAGAACAAGCAGGCUAGUGGUUUUCUUUGUUAAAGUGUAAAACAGUGACCAGAAUAUAUAUAUCUAUACCUGCAUAUAUAUAUUGACCUGAGUAUUUAUAACUGUGUGGUGUUCAUCUAGCAUUAGGCAGAUAAGCCACAGGAAGAAGGUGUGGAGAACCCACCCAAACCGGAUUGAGACUCAGUCCAUCUUUAGAGGCAGAAGGACUCGACAUGAAGAGAAGCCAGUCCCAUGACUUUGGAUGACAAACUGCGUCCUGGGUUGGAGAGAUCUUUGGGCUCAUGGAUGAAUGGAGAGCCACCUCUAGGCAGCUGCCCCAAGCCUCUGAGAUACGCGGAUUCUGGGUGAGCCAAGACCCAGAGGGGACCACUUGACCCAAGUCUGAAACACUGCUGUUGACAGAGGAGGAGGGUGAGAGUUUCUGCCUGGCAAAGAAGUACAAGGACACCAAGAAGCAGAGGCCACUUCAGAGCCGUGAGCCUUGUUCCACGAACUUCGAGUUUAACUGUCCGAGCGAUGACCCUCGGUGGACCCACCUGUCCCAGACGGGCUUCCACAGCCACGGAGAGACGGCUAGAGAAGAAACCAUGGACAGUCCAUACUCCGGCUUUGCAAGAACCACCGAGAACCUGGACGGAGCAGCCAGAUGACCCUGAAGAGCUGGGGUGUCCCCUGGCAUUUUGGAAAAAUUGAGAUCUCCGCUCGGAGGCAGCACUCCGCCCCCCAAUAAGGCAGAAGAGGGACCAAAACGUGGUGGCUUGGUGGGUGUUCUUUAAAGGGACUAGAGUCCACCAAGGAGGAAGGGACCCUGGGAUUUCACCCGCUGGGUGAGGCCCCUUCCUGCUCUAUUAGAAUGUCACAUGAGGGACUGUCCUGUCCCCUUCUGUCACCAGGGAAGCCACAGCAAAAGCUUGAAAGGGCACCGUCAAGAUAAAUGUCAUCCUUCUUAAAAUACAUAUGAUUGCCUUUCUGGGUGCCUCACAGAGCCCCAGAGUGUGAGACCUGAAAGGGUGUUAAGCACCUCGCUUCAUUGCUCUCUAACCGCUCUGUUUGCUUUCUACAUCGUGCGCUCACGGGGCCUCUGCAGCCAGACUGCUGUGUGCAUGUCACUUUCUCGUCAUCUUCCUAUCCUGAUGGUCACACUAGCCGGCACUGAGCUCCAACACCGAGCUUCUCCAGUCUGCUGGGAGAGGCUCCAAUGUCCACCUUCACCCCCACCUACCCCUCCUCCCCACAGAGGCAAUGAUUUUAGAAUUUCACAAAAUUCUUUUUGUCCCCUAUGAAGAUUCAUAGUGAAGAAUUUUUUUUUUUUAACCCAAAGCCAAAUGCGGUAUCCAAUACUGGGCAUAAUCUCCCUGGGGAGAUCUGGGCUCCAUGCCAAUCACUUAGGGGCUGGAAUCAGAGGUCACAUAUAGACAAGCAUUAGGCGGCUUGAUAUGUUGGAUGUAUUCCCUUGCCUGAUAAAUAACAGUGUUUUAAAACAUAUUUGAAAGAUAAGUAAAAAACCAUUAUCUUGAAGGUGAAGGGAGUUAAGAAAAGUAACCGAGGUCUGCUCCCAAGCACGUGAGACGGACAUGAUUAAUCAGCAGCAACUCAGACCAGGACGUUUGCUCUAAAUUAAUGGCUGGCGGGCAGCGAACGGAGGCGGUGGGAGGAUCUCAGAACCAUUCACCCCGCACGUGGCUGCUCCAGCUCCAAGCCACGGCUGCCACUGCCACCCUGCAUCUCUGUGUUUCUUCCCUUGUUGUCCUUGCUCUCGAUGCUUCAAGUCUGAGAUUUGGGAUUUGCAUUAUAAAAUGAAUAUUUAAAAAAGCAACAGCCCUAACAGCCUCUGUGGGAACUGCGUGGUUCGGACUCCCUCGCAAGAAGCGGAAAUAAUUAGUAUCAUUUUACACUUCUCCGGAGCCUUUCAUCUCGAGGGUCUCAAAGGCCCUGGAAGACAUUUAAUGUCUGAUGCAGCAAGUGCCCUGGGGAACAGGUAGAAUUGCCUGGGCCUCGGCGGAUUAACCAGGACUUUGGAUUCCAGAACCUUCCAGUGGUGAGUCCUGAGGGGAGCUGGGAUGUCAGGUCCUGGAGCUGGCCCCAUGCUCUGUGUACUGGCCGACAGCCCGUCCUGCGGGGGCAGUUCAGGGCCAGAGCUCCAUGGAAGAGAUGGUGUUCCUUCUGUCCCAUCGUGGUCUUAGUUCCUUAAACAGACACCGGUGGCUGUUGAAGCAGAUGGAGCCCUGAGAACCUGCCCCGGGGAACCAGGACCAUUCGCAGCUCCCUGUUUCCCAACUCACAGGUCCUGUGCUGCCCAAAUUCGCUGGCCACCUGAUGGCAGGAGCUCCAGGGGCCUGGGCUUCCCCCCCUCCUCUUGCUCCUCACUUGGGCACCCAGUCAGAAGGCAGCCCGUCCCCUCUGCCCGUUUAGAGCAGCUCAGUGCACAGGCCAGCUACCCCGGGUGGCCCCGAGGAGUCCCAGCCUGCACCUGUCCCUGCCACCCUGGUCCACCACCUUGUAACUGCAGUGGUCACAGCCAUCCUGGGAGCAGGAGACCCUUCCAGUCACCUCCUGUUGACCGUUAAUCAGUCCCCAAUCACCCCGCCAUCUCCCACCCUGGAGCCCCUGAGACCUGCAUGCUCCUUAAGCCCCCCAGUGACCCCCCCCUCCAUCGGCCGCCUCCUCAGCUAAAGGGAGGGAGCCAUCUGAAACACCCUCUCUCCUCCAGAUCUCCUGAUCCCUUUCCUCCCCACGCCUCUCCUUCCUCCCAUUUCUGAGGACGUGACAUCCAUCCUCUGGGCAGUGACAGUUUCUCACACACCCCAGCCACUCCUCUGUCACCUCUGUCCUCACUUCCACCAGCACACAAUCUUCCACCCAUUCCGGCUCCUGAAGCCUCUUCCCUCCCCUUCCCUGCACCACCAGCCCCAGAAAGGGGUCUCGGGUGCUUGUGCUGCCGUCCCUCAUGACCUGCCUGGUCUCCAUGCUCUGGGAACCUGUGAUUCAGAGCCCUCCAUGUUACCACAACGUAUUGCAAUGGGCACUGGGUGUUAUACACAAAUAAUGAAUCAUGGAACACUACAUAAAAUAAAAUAAAAUAAAAUAAAAUAAAAUAAAAUAAAAUAAAAUAAAAUAAAAACACAACUUGCCAUUAAAAAAAAAAAGACCCCUUGUUAUCACCAAGCUCCCCACAUUGCUGGGCUCCACUUGGACACCUGUCCCCUCCCCGCCCAGGAUGCCAUGUACUCGCGAUGUUUCUCCUCCCUUCCCAAUGCCUCUUCAUCAUUUAUUUAUGUAUUUAUUUAUUUAUGUAUUUAUGAUUUAUUUAUUGCCACCCUUCCUUUGAUCUAAAAGGACCUGAGAUGGGUCAGACCAUUAUUUCCCCCCUCCACCUUGCCCCACUGCACGGACACUCCCUACCUUGGUCCCUGCCGUUGUGUCCCCGCCGCACUUGCCCCAGCGGCUCCACAGACUCCAUGCCUCUGGAGCCAAGUUUAUCAUCCCUGCUUCCCCUUCCUCCAUGAUCCCCCCUCUCCUUGCUAGAAGCCCCGUGAGCCUCUCAGCCACCCAAGUCUGAGACCCUACAGUCACCUUCGACCCUUCUCCAUGGCUUCCCUUGUCACCCCUCCCCACCAGCGCUGCCCUUGCUUGCACAAUUUUCACAGCGCUCUCUUCCCCCCACCCUUUCCCCUCUGGGCAUGCUGGCACACCCCCGUCCGUCCUGCACAUGCGUAGUGAUUUUUAUCUCCAGCCGUUCACAAACCUUUAAAAGCUCCCUAGGCCCACAAAAUAAGGUACAAGUCUCCAUCCUGACAUUGCAAUCACCCAAUAAGGCCCCGUUCCUUCCUUACACCCUGCAUCGGUCCAUCAAGACUUGUCAUUUCUGGAAGGGGUGCCUGGUUUUCCUGUCUCUGUGCCUUUGGCCUUGCUGUUCUCAUCUCCUGGGACCCUCUCUUCUGUUCCCUUCAAGGCCCAUGCAGAAACCACAUCUUCCAUGAAGCCUUCCCUGAUCUACCAACCACCAGGAUCUCUCCCUCCGCUAAACCACCAUAGCACUUUAUUUGUACCUUUCUCAUGGCACUUACCAUAUUCUGCCUUGUAUUAUAGUUAUUGUGCACUUGUCCUAUGACCGUUCUUAGAUUGUAAGCUCGCCAAGGGCAGGGAUUGUGUUUUAUUCAUCUGUGUCCUUCACGGCGCCAGGAGUGGUGCAAAGCACACAGCAGUUGCUCAAUAAAUGUUUGUUGGAUUAAAUCCUCGAUGCCUGU